GAGGGUGGAAAAUUACCGACCUUGACUCGUACAAUCAUGCCGCCCAGGAAUUGCGCGUUAUGCGACCAGGCGAGAGCUAUCCUCAAGCGACCAAAGACAGGCCAGCAGAUAUGCAAGGAUUGCUUCUUCUACGUCUUUGAGACAGAAGUCCACAACACUAUCACCGAGGCCAAGCUUUUCAAGCUGGGAGAUCGGGUAGCAAUUGGCGCAUCUGGUGGUAAAGAUUCCACCGUUCUGGCCUAUGUAAUGAAGACGCUAAAUGACCGCUAUCAGUAUGGCCUCGAACUCUUCCUGCUCUCGAUCGACGAAGGGAUUACCGGAUACAGGGAUGAUUCCCUCGAGACUGUAAAGCGGAAUCAGCAGCAGUACGACAUCCCCUUAAAGAUCUUGUCCUACGACGAGCUUUAUGGCUGGACUAUGGAUGCUAUCGUUUCCCAAGUUGGCAAGAAGAACAACUGUACAUUCUGUGGCGUCUUCCGACGGCAGGCAUUAGACAGAGGUGCAGCUAUGCUGAAUGUUGACCACAUUGUGACCGGCCACAACGCCGAUGACAUUGCGGAGACGGUCCUCAUGAACAUCAUGCGCGGAGACAUCGCACGCUUAGGCCGAUGUACAUCAAUAUGUACUCAAGGCGAUGAUACUAUCAAGCGCUCCAAGCCCUUCAAGUACGCUUACGAGAAGGAGAUCGUCAUGUACGCGUACUUUAAAAAGCUCGACUACUUUUCAACAGAGUGCAUCUAUUCGCCGGACGCUUAUCGAGGACAUGCUCGCGCGUUCCUCAAGGAUCUCGAAGCUGCCCGACCAAGCGCUAUCAUUGAUAUUAUUCAUUCGGGUGAGGCAUUUGAGGUGAAGGAGGAGGUAAAGGCGACCCAGAAACUUCAGCAAAUUUGCAAGCGAUGCGGCUAUAUGUCCAGCAAUGAUUUAUGCAAGGCGUGCAGUUUACUGGAAGGCCUUGAGCGUGGUAUGCCCCGAGCUGCGGUGACGGAUCGUGCGUUUCGAAAGAAAAUGCUGGAGGAGGACCAACCGCCAGAGGGUCUUCGGACUAUACCAUACUUCCAGAGGCCUAGUGGGGAGACACGCGUAGGAACUAUUUCAUAACGAACUCUGGUUUGAGAAUGCACGCUUCGUGACAUUGCUAUUUUAAUGUUCUUGCUUCCCCCCCGGUACGCUAUGGUGGUGUAGAGGGCGUAUGUACGUGAAUGGUAUACUUGAAUUAGAGGAGGAUAUGCUAAAUUUGCGUCUAGGAUCGUGAAAAAGUCUAUCUGAAGCGAAGAUAAUAUUAUCCGUCUAGUUAACGUGACCGUUUGCGUAGCCAUUGGUAUGACCAUUCGCCUUGCCGUUUGCACGUCCGUUCGCGUGCCCGUUUGCCUUCGUCUUCUCGCCUGUUGCAUGAAGUUUGUGAAAUGCGUCAUAGAUACCCUCGCACUUCUCAAUAAUAUAUUCGCUUUCCUUCUCGUUCUUCUUCCACUCGAGCACGGGCAUCACGCCGACGUAACCGCGGCCCCACCGAUCGCAUUCAGCGCCGAACUUGAGUGGGACGAAUUCGCCACGCUGCUCGGCCUCGCGCGCCUCAUUCGCUGAUUGCAAGCCAUUUUCGUACAAUUUACACGUCGCAAGGCUGUCGUCCCAGCACGACGAUGGUGUGUCACCCUUCGAGCGUCGAUGUGCGAAUGCAAGGAGACUGGUUG